UUCCUGAUUUACUUGCAAUAUCGACUUACCUAUAUCAAGACCUAGGUGUCCAAUCCAAGCAGACUAGGUUGCAAGAAGAAUACGCUGUAAAGGAGACGCAUCCAAUGGCUGCCAUCUGAGCUGGACUGGCCACAUCUCCACCUCCACACCGACGUGUCGCCUUUUCCAUGUGAUAUCACCUCUCCGAGAGCGGCACAAUGCGCCGUUUCGCCUCCUUCGCCGCCGCCUGCGCCUGGCUGCAGCUCUGUCGCGCUCGCCAGCCUGGCUUCAGCGUCCAUCAUGAUCUACUCGCCUACCCUCAAUUCGAGGUCGUUUUCUCCGACACCUACAUAUCCGAAUCCGACGCCCGUGCCCUUCUCGACACGCCCGACGUUGCCCAUCCCGCUUACGAUGCCGGGCUCGCCAGCCAGACAGACAUAGUACCCACUAUCCGCGCUGCGGAUGACUAUGACACCGAACACGAUGCUACUGCGUCUGCCGCCGCCGCCGAAUCCUAUGAAGUCAUGAGCAUGCCGCCGCAUCGCUACCUCUGCGCCAUCCCCGUUAUCGAACCCGCUCCCGCCCCGAACAAGACUGCUACCGAACUCGCCAAGGCUGAGCUGGCGCGUGAGCUGGCACGGGCAUCCGCCCACGGCUGGGACUUGAUCAACGAGCUGGACGGCAAAUGUCUGUACUAUAUGUCAGGCUGGUGGAGCUAUCGCUUCUGCUACGGACAAGACGUCGUGCAGUUCCACGCCAUCGCAUCGAGCGUCAAGAGUGGCCCGCCCAUGCGCGAUGCCAGUACUGCCGAAUAUGUCCUCGGCAGGGUUCCCGAUCCCCAUGUGACCUCGCGCCACUCGCGCCGUGGUCAGAAUCAGCAGCAGCAGCGCGAGAAAACCAGGCAGGACCCUCGUGGGGACGUUGAUGCCGGUGCCGCCACCCCAGCACCACCUAAUACCGACCUCCAAGUCAAGGGAGACCAACGGUAUCUUGUGCAGAGGAUGGGCGACGGUACCAUCUGCGACUUGACCGGCCGUGAGCGCACCAUAGAAAUACAGUACCAUUGCAGUCCCGAAAGCACCCAGGAUCGGAUUGGUUGGAUUAAGGAGGUAACCACAUGCUCCUACCUGAUGCUGGUCAACACACCUCGUCUCUGCGUCGACGUUGCCUUCCAGCCACCCAAAGAAGAAAGAGCCAACAUCAUCAGCUGCAGGGCCAUCGUGUCCGAAUCUGGCCAGGCCGACUGGCAUGCGCGCAAAACGCUCGAAGCCCAGGCUGCCAUGGUCGGCCGUGCAAAGGAAGCCGCCAAAUCCCCUGUCGUUAUCGGUGGCGUCGUAGUGGGUGGCCGCCAACUCCUCGGGAAUGGCGAGGACGGCAAGGAAGUACCGAACUUAUCACCGCCCAAGAGCCUCCGGAGCGACAGCGGCAUGUUCGGCCUCGAGAAGCUCGUCGAGAUCAUCGCAUCGGCGACGGGCAAGGACGAAGGCGGCGAGGUCAACGUCAUGACCGAGGAGCAGCUCCAAGCGCUCGACCUCAGCCCGAAAGACAUCGAGUCCCUGCGAAAGGAGAUCCAGAAACUAGCCGGCGAUAGAGGAUGGCAAUUGAAGAUGGUGGAGGUCCCUGGGAAUAAUAGAGAAUUAAUUGGGAUUAUCGAGGGUGGUGAAGAGGAUGAGGGUGAGGGUGAGGGUGAGGGCGAGAGCAAGGGCGACAACAAGGAUGAGGUGGGAGGUGAGGGCCAGAAUGAAGGCAGUGAGGAGCAGUUCUUCCAAGAGGAGUUGUAGAUUAGCAUAAAAGAUAUAGAAUAUGAGAUACAUGAUUAACGCUCCUAGCUAACG